AUGGUCAAGCGCAAGGAAAUCAAAGACACCGACGUCGACAUGGGGGGUACAGAUCCCCGUGUCGAGAACGACUCCGACUCCGACGAGGACAUCGACAUGGUCAACGUAGACUUUGAAUGGUUCGACCCCGACCCGGAAGUCGACUUCCACGGCCUCAAGAACCUUCUACGCCAACUCUUCGACAACGACGCUCAAGACCUCGACAUGUCGGCCCUAUCCGAUCUGAUCCUCUCGCAAGCCUGGAUGGGCUCGACCAUUAAGACCGAUGGCAAGGAAUCCGACCCCUACGCCUUCCUAACGGUGCUCAACCUCCAAGAACAUAAAGACAAACCCAUAAUCCAAUCCCUAACGCGCUACCUGCACCAAAAAGCCACCACCAACCCGGCCCUCAGCCCCCUCGUCCCUCUUCUCUCUGCGCCCCAAAAAAUCGGCCUCAUCCUCACCGAGCGCCUCAUCAACAUGCCCGCCGAGGUCGUCCCGCCCAUGUACACGAUGCUGCAGCAGGAGAUCGCCCACGCGGUCGCCGACAACGAGCCCUUCGACUUCUCGCACUACCUCCUCCUCUCUAAGACCUACGAGGAGGUGCAGUCCAAGCUGGACAUGGAGGAGUCCCGGCCCACGAAGAAGGGGAAGAAAUCUUCAGCGGCAAAAACGGAUCGGUUCUUCUUCCACCCCGAGGAUGAGGUGCUCGAGAAGCACGCCCUCUGCGCGGGCUCGUUCGAGUACUCCCGGAAGCAGGAUGAUGGGCAUUCCGACUCCAAGCGCGCGUUCCAGGAGUUGGGGAUCCGGACGAAGGGGAGUUUGAUUUUGAUUGAGCGGGGACGGUUGGAGGGGGCGGUGAAGGCGAUGGCGGAGUAUGUUGGGGCCGGGGGGCAAUAG